AUGUCCUUAUCCAACCAAGCAGUUCCUGAACCACCUCCAGUAUUUUAUCAAAGGCUCCGUAACAGGCAUUGGCCUUUUACGGAUGGAUUCCUCCUGCCUCAAAACCGUCCAAGCUACCUUCGUCUUUCCUGCCGCUCUAAUUCGAUUUUUGCAAACCAGAGAGACACACUCUAUGAUAUGUUCGAGAUCUACAGGAAGUUCAAGAAGCAGAAACACCACUUCAAUGUAGUGGAUCAGUACGGGUCAUUUUUCUUAGACUCGUUGGACCCAAAAUUAAUUCCAAACAGUACGCAUGCAAUACUCAAGGUCUUACGAAACCAAAAAUUUCCUGGUCAACAGGUUGAUUACCUAUAUGUCGACGAGGUGCAAGAUAAUCUUUUGAUUGAUGCAAUGGUUUUGAGGCGACUGUGUAGGAAUUCAGAUGGUCUUUUCUGGGCUGGGGAUACUGCGCAGACUAUCUCUGCUGGGAGUUCCUUCAGGUUCAAUGAUCUGAAAGUGUUUGUCUAUCACAUGGAGCGCCACAAUCACACAAUGGCAUUCGUGAAUUAUGCUCACUCUGUCAUCGAGCUCAUCACGAAGUUCUGGCCAAACACAAUUGAUCACCUCCAACAUGAAAAGGGGUUGGUUGAUGGAGCGCAGCCAGUGUUUUUCAUGGAUGUGGAUAAUGAUGCUCACUGCAAACAGUUUUUGGUUGGUGAGAGGACACUCCAUGACAGUAAAGGCCUUGAGUUCGAUGAUGUUCUCUUGUACAACUUUUUCGGAGAUUCCGCCGUUGAUGCGUCACGCUGGCGGAUAGUUCUCAACGGGGUGCAGGGUCAAGGAUAUGCACCUGAUUUUUAUCGUGACGAGACUCGGUACGCUGCAAUAUGCAGUGAGUUGAAACACCUCUAUGUGGGGAUUACCCGAGCAAGGAAGAACAUAUGGAUCUUUGACACGUCUAAUAAGUCUGAUGCUAUGCGUAUUUUCUGGAAGUCUCAAGAUCUAAUCUGCACCUGUGCCCGCGGCAUUGAUGUUUCUCCUCUAGCCGUCUCCUCUACUCUGGAAGAAUGGGCAUCCUCUGGGCGCUCACUGUUCUUGCACAAGCACUACUCGCAGGCUAUCCAUUGCUUCAAGCGCGCCAACCUUCACCUGGCCUUUACUGCGGCGGCAGAGGCCUUUGCUGACUGUGGCACAGCUGCGACAGGCAAUGAGAGACAUCAAUAUUACUGCACCUCGGCGGAUUGCUACGCCCGAGGAGGACAAGACCUCAAAGCUGCUGAUACCUAUCUCAAGGCUGAAGAGUUUGAGCUAGCUGCAAAGAAACACCGCAAGGCUGGAUCUUUUGACAGGACGCUCCAUGUCCUUACUGACCACCACACCAUGAUACCUGAAAAGACCGCGACAGAUUUGCGGAUGGUAUGUCGGCUUCAUUACUGCGGUGGAAGCGACGAUCAAGUCCCUGUGCCUCUAUUCUCUUCGUUUGAUGAGGAACUCGAGUUUUUGGAGGAAUAUGACUUGGAUUGUACUUGUGUUUCCCUUCUGGAGUCUUGCUUGAUGUACUAUGAAGUCGCGGAGAUACACUUAUCAGAAAACUGCCCCAUGGAAGCAGUCCAAGCAUUCCUCAAGGACAACAGAAAUAUUGAUUCAACUUCUCCUAUCGCCCUCGCUGAUCAGCUGCAGAUGAAGAAACUGGAGCCCAUGACUCGUAAUUUGGUUUUGAUGUUUCAGAGCAUUUUGAACAUGGCCAUCACACUGCCACUCUCCAUUGCCUGGAUCACAUUUUCACUCAAUCAACAGACAUUCACCCUUUCCAACUCCAUGAAAUGGCAAGCUUUCUUGAAACAUUUCAUACCUAUGCACGACUACUCUAUCAAACUUCGACCUUGCAUGACCCCUUAG